UCAUGGUCGCCCCUACAGAUAUGACGAUGGCUACAUACUGUCAAAAGUUGUAAUUUACCUAGAAUUAAGUCAAUUAAUUAGAGAAGAUGAGUGAUUACACAUCUAAAAUGCAAAAAUAGAAUUCCAAACCUCUAUGUGAAUUUAUAAAUUGGAAUAAUUUCAUAUUUAUAAAAGGAAUAAUCAUGGCCCAGUGCAAGUUAACCCCACAAGAGUUUAUCAGUAACUGUUUUUCACCUCAGAUUGCUGCCGUUUGCUCAACUGCUGCAGAAAAUACUUGUCAAAAAAAUAAUUUGACAUUUAUAGAACUGCUACAACCGUUUUGUAAACUCAAUGCUGAAGGGCACAUCAAAGAUCCACAAGGGGCGGCUGUCACAGUUCGCAACCUUCGUUUAUCAGUCCAAGAUGUAAACGUACGUCCACCACAGCCUACUUUAGCUCGAAAAAUGCUUAAUGAGUCCGUUAGCUCUUCACCAUGUGAACGAACAACUAUUGUGCAAAUUGGGACAACGAACUUGGAGAUUCCCAUGUCCGUCCCAUGGUUUGAGUCAUGGAGAGAGAUGCUUUUGGCUGUACAGUUUCCAUCCGAUCAUGAAUUUACUAAACAUUUUCUGGCAUGCAUGAUCAUUGUUUCAACCGGGGAUGAUAAUCCAUUAGAAAAGAUUCAGCAUAUGGGUGCCCAGCUGAAUCAAAGUAUACCUGGAAAACUGCCAAAAUGGUUCAACAAUAAUGCCUUGAGAUAUUAUAUAUUGAUUCAUGAUACUUUUCAAGAUGAUAAAAAUAAGGCAGAAACAGUGUACACAGAUAUGAAGAAUAUUUAUGGAUCCAACAAUUGUUUCUUAUUACAAAUGAACUCGAGACCACCAGGUCCAUUGGACGACACCACACAUUUACCAGAUCCUUGGUGUCAAUUUUUAAGUAAACAUUCAGACUUAUCAGAAAGCAGUGAACAAAGUAGCUCUCCCAGAACACCAGCAGAUACUAGUGGAGUAUCUGCAAUGCCUAGUCAGGUUACGACUGAACCAGACAGAACAAGUCUGGCUGGUACCCCAAUAGCGCCACGUAAUCCAAUGUUGGGUUCUCCAGAUAUAUGUGAUACAAUAAGCCUUUCAUCGGAUGCAGCGGAAUCAUCGAUUGGUUCACUUGAAGUUGGACAGGAAGCAGUUCCCGUUACGACUCAUCCAUUGAGUCCAGAGAAUGAGAAAUCCUCAUGCAAUUUUAUACCGUCAGUAACCCUGAAAAAUCAAAUGGAAAAUAAUACUCCAAUUAACGAUAACGUUUGGGCAGAUUCACCUAGUCAGCCAACCAUUCAACAUGGUAUAAGAUUGUCCUCUCAGGAUUUGGAGAGGUUGCGAACAUUGAUUACAGAAUUUUGUUUGAAAAGUUUACUACCAUAUGUUGAAAAACAAAUUGGACUGCUCAAUGAUGUUAUUUCCAAUAAGAAAGGUGUUAGUAGAUCCUUAUUUAGUGCUACAAAACGUUGGUUUGUUACUAACAAGCCUGGGGCACCUGGAUCUGCCCCAGCAAAUGCAGUGAUCUACACUGCUGAGUCCCCUGAGCUUCAACUUCGGAGAUUAGGAGAUCUUUGCUUCAUGUUUGGCCACUACUCUCUUGCCUACCAAGCUUAUCACAGUGCAAAACGCGACUUUGCAGCUGACCAAGCAUGGCUGUAUUAUGCAGGUGCUUUAGAAAUGGCUGCAUUAAGCGCUUUUAUGCAAGGUGAAAUGACCAGGAAAUCAAUUGAGUAUAUGGAUGAUGCAAUUUCAACAUACUUGAACAGUUGUAAAGUGCCACAAUUUGCGACUAGAGCUACUUUGUUGAGUGCUGAAUGCCUUAAAGGUCGUGGCUUGUAUGGUGAAGCUGCGAAACAAUUGAUCCGAAUGACUAGUGAAGACUCAGACUUGAGAUCAGCUGUUCUUUUAGAACAGGCUGCGUACUGUUUUAUUGGGUCAAAAAUGAUGCGCAAAUAUGCAUUCCAUAUUGUAUUGGCUGGACACCGGUAUUCUAAAGCUGGACAAAGGAAACAUUCUUUAAGAUGUUAUCAGCAGGCCUACCAGGUGUACAAUAACCGGGGCUGGUCAUUGGCAGAGGAUCAUAUACAUUUUACAAUUGGUAGGCAAGCUGCAUCAUUGAAGCUAGUCAAAGAUGCUGCCAAAGCUUUUGAAAAGUUACUUAAUGCUUCUAGCAAACAGCCAGCUCCUCAACAGGCAGCUUUUCUCAGAGAAUUUCUUCAUAUUCACAACCUACUAUUCAAGGAAGAAAUCGGGGAAUCGAUGGUUUUACCGAUUCUACCCUUACCACUGAUUAAUUCAAAUGAAAUUAAGGUAUUAUUUGGCCCAUUGUCAAAAUGUGAGAAAGACAACAUUCCGGCAAGCCAUGUUUCCUUCAAUAGUCAAGAUGUAGAGGACGUUCGAUGGUCGAAACUGGAAGAAAUGUUGAUAACAGAAGUUCUAGGGUCUGUGCCAAUGAUAUUCAAACCAACUGUUGUUUUGUAUUCCGACAAAAGCAACAAUUCUACAAAGCCAAAUGCGGUUCUGAACGAACCUGUACACUACUCCAUAGAGCUACAUAAUCCAUUACAUAUACCACUACCAUUAUCUAACGUAAAGUUACUGUGGUCUUUUAAUAAAUGUGAACAAGACUUUGAUGAAGCAAGUGCUAAAUCAAAUUCAGAUCUACAAUAUAGUAAUAAAGAAUUUGAAACACAGUCAGCUCCGGUAGAAAGUCAGACUAUCGAAGCAAUUACGUUGCAGCCAAAUUGUAAACAAAGGAUCGUCCUGUCUAUAACUCCGAGAAAAAUUGGAGAAAUCAAAGUAUUGGGAGUGAGCUACAAUUUAUCUAAUCCUAAUCAAGCCGUCGCUGAUCAACCCAUCGUCAACCCAUGUAUUAGUAUAGCUGGUAAAAGGCUGUUUGAACUACAAGGGCCAAAGUUAAAAAAUGUUAAGGAAAAAACAGGAGCAAAAUUGUACGGAGAAGACUACAGAUUGGCAAUGAAUGUUGUUCACAGCGCUCCAUUUGCACAAUUAUCAUUCAGUAAGUUAUCACCUGAGAUGUUAUGUGGUGAAAUGCAAAGAGUUGAAGUUACUCUAAAAAAUAUUGGCAAUUCACCUCUGACGAACAUUCAUAUCGGUUCUACAAACCCCAAACUAUUUUCUUUGGAGAACCAUCCAACCGCCUCUAAUAAUGUGAAAGCGAGUCUUAUAACAAAAAUACAUCUGCCACCAUCAACAAAUGGAGUUUUGAAUGUCGGCGAAACGUACACGAUGCCGUUAUGGGUACGAGCUCCACACGAGAAGGGAAGUCACCGGCUGGAUUUGUUAUUCUAUUAUGAGAAUUCAAUGCCUAAAACCACUCCAAAGUAUAGACUAACUCGUCAUACAUGGCAUCUAACAGUUUUAAAUUCACUCCAAAUAUCUGCAACUGUUCGUCGAAGUGCAGUAGUUAGCAAAGAAACACUUCCUACGUUGAAUUUAAUUGUACAAGUCAAAAAUACAAAUCAAGUUCAUGAUCCGUUUAUGAAUGAGAUAGCCCUUAGUAAAGUAUCUUUCAAAAGUAAUUUAUGGACGCUAGCAGAGUCAACAGUCUUACCAAUGAACAUGAAAAUACAGCCUCAAGAAAUGUCACAUUUUUUCUUGAAAUUAUGUAAAAGAAAAGAAGACACGUCUGAAUUCUCUGACGUCUCAUUAAUAACUGAAAAAUCCUCUGAGUCAAUUACGGAUUCGCCAUACAUAGAUUUUAUUCAACGAAGAAAUAUUAGACCAUUGAAUUGGAGUGAAACACAAAAUGAAACACAGCACCAGCAACAAGUUCAGAUACCUGAAAAAUCCCCUUUUUCUGAUUGUAUGACGGUGGAUUCGACAAUUAUCUUACGAUGGAGUGCAAGUAUAAAGGAAAGAGGAGCUUUAACUAGACAUGUAAUUGGUCAGCAUCAUAUGGACCUAGAUGUUUUAAAUAAAACCUAUAAGCAUCCGGAUGAACCGAAAGCAGCACAAGACGAGUAUGGUGGUCACCUCAGAAUUUUUGGACCAGACAGAAAUGUGCCUGAUUCGACGACUGUUACAAGGAAAGAUGAUUUCACUGAGCUGGAGUUACAGCAAAGCUUAGUAAUUUUCGCACUGCAUCACGUUCGGCAAGCUGCACAUAACUUCAAACUAAGUAGAUUAUGUGUUGUACCAGUACAGCUCCGUUUGCAGAACAAUUCGGGAACUGCAGUUGACGUUAAAAUCACGACAGUUGGAACAAGCAGCCAAUCUCAAUUACCUAGUAUAAAGUCCCAACUGUACUCGCCGCAGGGGUCGACUUCUUUUAGAUAUAUAUCUCAUACAGCUGUCAAUUGUCAGUUAGAACCACAUGGCUGUCACUCAGUUACGCUUCAGGCAUUAAUAACAUCCCCUGGGACCUAUGAUUUGGCAUCGAGAAUCGAGGUAUCUGUAAAAGUUGUAAGUAGUAGUGAAUUUAUUCCACAGAAAUGGAGACUAGAAAGUGUAUGUAUUGUCAGUGACGAUAGUUUGUAAAACAAAUGUCAUCAAAUUCAAAAAUUGUUUCCAUUUAAUAAUAAUCAGUUCAAACUUAGCAAUAUUUAUUUGUAAUCAAACAAACCUAGAAUUAAACCAGACGCUCCAGGCCUAGUUUUGAUUUACUAGCUUAGCCAUUCCAUCCCCUCUAACACUCAACUGUCAACCAAUUGAGUAUAGGUAUCCACCAGAUAUGAAAUUGUAACCGUAAUUAGAAUAUUAUUGAAAUCCAUGAAAUUCUGAUAAUAUACGAAAAUUUGCUUUGCUUAAA